UACUUGUUUUUCUUUCUUUAUUCCACGGAUUAUUCUCUCUCUCUCUCUCUCUCUCUAUAUAUAUAUAUAUAUAUAUGUAUAUACGAUUUAGCUUUCUAUUUUUUACUAUAAACUGUUGAAUUUAGGAAUUUAGUUUCUGGGUUUAGCAUCAAAAGGCUGAAUAUUAGAUGCUGAAAGUCUUUGCUUCUUUAAAAUCUUUGCUACGAACAACAAACCCGUGAUUUGAGAGAAAUUUCAAAAAUAUUUAAGUAUAGAUUUGGAGAUUCACUAUUCUACUGUUCAAAGAAAAUGGAAUUGAAAGGCCAACAAGGCUCUUCAGCCUAUAACCCUAUCUUCCGAGAAUCAUCAGAAACCCUAGAUCCUCCUCCUCCUCCUCCUCCUCAUCGACUUCAACAAAAUCAAUCAACGAUCGCUCAAGGUGAGAGAAUUGACCAGAUAUCAAGCAGAUCGAGCUUGAAAACGGACGCAUUACCAGAAUCAAUGACUACAAGCGGCGUUCGAUAUCGUGAGUGCCUGAAGAACCACGCCGCGAGCGUCGGCGGCAAUGUCCUCGACGGUUGCGGAGAGUUCAUGGUGAGCGGCGAUGAAGGAACUCCGGGAUCUCUCAAAUGCGCCGCCUGUAACUGCCACCGGAACUUCCACCGGAAAGAGGUUCACGGCAGCGACACCGAUUUUCAACGGAGUACGAUGGUACAUCCACUCCACCUCCCACUCCCUUCUCCUGCUCCUCCUCCGCCAUUGCAAUCUCCAUCUCUUAAGCACCACCACAACCAGAGAAUCAAUCACUGGACUCCGAUGGUUCCACCUGUGAAACUGAGCUUUGGAGGUACCGAUUCUUCAAGUGAAGAUCUCGAUUUCAAUGGCUUCAAUUCAAAUGCAGCGGCGCCGCCACCGGCACCUCCCCCUCUGCGGCCAUUUGUGUUGUCGAAGAAGAGGUUUAGGACAAAAUUCACGGAGGAGCAGAAGAAGGGGAUGAUGGAGUUUGCGGAGAGGGUGGGGUGGAGGAUUCCCAAGGAAGAUGAUGAAGAGUUGCAGAGGUUUUGUCGGGAGGUGGGUGUGAAGAGACAGGUUCUCAAGGUUUGGAUGCAUAAUAAUAAGAAUUUCACCAAGAAGCAACCUCAACGACAACAACUACAACAGCAAGAAUCAUCAUAAACACCUUGAAAGUUUUUAAAUUAUAUUCUGUUGUGUAAAAUUUUUAAUUAUUUUCACUCAAAACUAGUCUUAUUAUCAGUCUCUUCUGCAAACAUGAAAAAAGAGUAAGUUUAUGGAUUUAUUUGAAUAACAUUAUUUUUCU